CUCCUCCUCUUUCACUCUUCGCGACCUCACCUGCACCUUCAAAUUGAAUUACUGCCUCCUCUUGACCGAGAAGCCUCUAUCUCUCUCGCCGUCGCCAGCUUCCGCAUACCCCUCCGUCUCAUCCCCACUCCACCGCAAUCAUGCCUGUCUACUACGUUGGUAUUUUGAGGAACACCGGCAGACCUGCUGUAGAACUAGCCGCCGAAAAGAAAUUGGAUAGCUUUAAUUUUCUCACCCGCCCCAAAUACUCCGAAUUUCUGGAUUUCACUGUCGGAUUAUGUGCCGAGCGGCUCGAGAAGAACUACAGGGGGGAGAUCAAGAUGGCUGGUAUGGACAAAACUGGCGAUUACAGAUUCCAAGCAUACGAUUACAAAGGAGGCAUCUGCGGUGUCGUAGUCACUGACGCCAACUACAACGAAAGAGUUGCGCAGGCCAUUCUCGCCAAAUCACUCGAGUUCUUUGCUGGCAAAUACUCCGAGUCCGCCUACACCAACCUACAGCCUAGCCCCAAGGGUUCCCCGCCUCCUCUGGCUAUGCCUGAAUUGAAGGAAUACAUUGACAAGUAUCAACGGCCGGAGGACAUCGAUCCCAUCUUGAGGAUUCAGAUGGAGCUUGAUGAGACCAAGACGUUCAUGCACAAGUCGAUCGAGGCCAUGCUUGACCGUGGCGAGAAGCUCGAUAGUCUGGUGGCAAAGAGCGACAACUUGAGUUCUCAGAGCAAGAUGUUCUAUACCCAGGCGAAGAAGCAAAACUCCUGCUGCAUCGUCAUGUAAAUCUCUCCUGUACUUGCCUUUCAUCAACGUUUCUCUGGCGUUCAUAUUUGGGCAUUUCUACACUUCAGUCGCGUUUUGUUGCCCUGCUAGUAUCUUGAAUAAUGAUGUUGCCUGUUCCACCACCUGCAUUCUUCUCUCGUCACCCUUCGUGCAUACUUCGAGUAACUGCCUUGCCCCCAUGUCUCGAAGGAAUCGCCUAUCACAGCCCGCACAGCCCGACUGUGCCACUCAUCUACUUCGUAUAGGCGCCCCAGCCCCUCCACUCUCAAAU